UUGAAUAGAGAAACGUUCAAAUUUUACUUGGUCUUCUAAUCCACCUCUUCUCAUCAAUCGCAGAUCGAUCAAAUCUGCGUUUUGAUGAUCAAAACCAAGCCAUAGAUCGCAUAUUCUUAUUCAUUUCGAUCAGUUUUCCGGCCUUAUAAUUCCGAUCAAUUUUAUCUUUCCAUGUUUCUCUUUCUCUCCCUCUCUCCAAUCAAGUUAUUCAACCUGCGUUUUGAUGAUCAUCAAAAAAGUUGAUGAAUUUACAUUCUACCCUGCAAUGACGAUAAAAGGAGGCACAAGCCAAGCCUGUGCUGCGUGCAAAUACCAUAGACGAAAGUGCGCUAAGGACUGCGCUCUUGCUCCACACUUCCCGGCAGAUCAACCGAUGAUGUUUCAAAACGCCCACCGAUUGUAUGGCGUUUCGAACAUAAUGAAGAUUCUAAAGAAAGUUCAUCCAGAGCAAGAGGAGGAGGCUAUGACAUCGAUCAUAUACGAGUCCAAUAUGCGUGCCAAAUUUUCAGUCACCGGGUGUAUGGGCAUCAUAAACCAAUUGAAUUUCCAAUUACAGCAAGCCCUAGAAGAGCUUCGAUAUGUGAGGACAAAUCUUGCAAUUUGCAAGGACCAAUGUCAAUAUCGACUACCUUCUUCCUCACCGCACUACUCUUCUCCUUCACCGCAGUUGCAGCUAGGUAUACCUACAAACACCGACGCGGCGACUCUGACACUUUAUCAACAACAUCAAUAUCCGUAUCAAUAUGCUUCUGGCGCUGCUGGUGCCAGUGGUGGAAUGUCCUGGGUGGGUAAUGAGUAUCUUGCAAAUGGACUUAAUGGGGUUUAUAUUGACGACAAUGAUAAUAUGGUUAAACCUCUUAGGGUUCAACAUCCCUACUAUAACGAUAACAAUGUCGAACAACUUAUGGCUGUUCAGUCUAGUUUGGUUUCUUCACAAGCCUUUCCUGUUCACCAAGAAAUGGACGUUCCUCAUGACUAUGAUGACAUUCCAUUUGAUACAAUUGCUGAUGAUCGACAAUCUUAUAUCGAAUCUAAAGAAGCCUGUGAGUCUAGUGCUGAAUCAUCGUUCAAGGGUACCACGCAAUCGAUCGAACAUGUCUCAAAUGAUCUCAAGAGUGCGGCAGCAUGCUUCAGUCUAACGAGUGUGAAGUAGCUAUAGCUAGAAGACAACUGAAGUAAUUCAAGUAAUUUCAGAACAAUCGAGUUCCUUAUUUUUUUUUCAUUUGUUUGCAAAUUUGGUGUUCAAAGCUCAACAAUUUUGUUUAUUUGUUUCCACGUACGCAUUCAUUGAAUAAGAGAUGUAGGCUAGCUCUUUACUCAACCAUUUUUGGAGAAGAUUGAAAUGCACUUAAAAUGUUCA